AUGGCGCCUCAUGCAACCACGCCUCCACCCAUGCCGCACAGCGUGCCUCUUCAUCCUAUCACUGUCCUUGCUUCGUCAAGGGCUGUGGUGGCAGGCCGGCUCACUGAAGCGACAAUCGUUAUAUCCAAUGUCACCGGCAAAAUCACAGCCAUCUUCCACUCCGUCCUUCCCCGUGCAGACUUCCCUGAGGGAACUACCUACCACGACUACUCUCCUCGCAUCCUGCUGCCCGGCCUGGUGGAUGCUCACGUCCAUCUGAACGAACCCGGCCGGACAGAGUGGGAAGGCUUCUGGACCGGCACUCGAGCUGCUGCAUUCGGCGGUGUAACAACCGUCGUCGACAUGCCACUCAAUGCCAUCCCUCCUACCACUACAGUAGAGAACUUAAAGAUCAAGGUCGAAGCCGCCCAAGGCAAGUGCUGGGUCGACGUCGGCUUCUACGGCGGUGUCGUCCCUGGAAACGCCGGCGAACUCAAGGCCCUCGUAAAAGAAGGCGUCCUCGGCUUCAAAGGCUUCCUAAUAGACAAAUUCCCCGCCGUCACAUCAACCGACAUUGAAAAGGCGCUCACCGAGCUCAAAGACUCCGCUACUACCCUCAUGUUCCAUGCCGAGAUGAUCCCUCCCAUCACCGACUCCGUGGGUGACGAUGUCCAGCGCGCUCAUCCACCUCUCGCUCCCUCGGGACCCCUUACGCACUACUCAACGUUCCUGGACUCCCGCCCGCCAUCGUUUGAGACCUACGCCAUCGAUGAGAUCCUCUCCCUGGCACAUCUAGCGCCAGACCUGCAACUCCACAUCGUGCACCUCUCCGCCGUCGAAGCCAUCCCACUCCUCCGCGAAGCCCGCCAAAAGGGCAUCAAGAUCACCGCAGAAACCUGCUUCCACUACCUAACCCUCGCCGCCGAGAACAUCAAAGAAGGCGACACCCGGCACAAAUGCUGUCCGCCCAUCCGCUCGCAAACCAACCAAGACGGGCUCUGGGAAGAACUGCUGAAUGACCAGGCCGAUGGUGUUAUCAAGACAGUCGUCUCAGACCACUCGCCCUGCACGCCCAACAUCAAACUCCUGCCCGCGGCGUUCGCGCCGAAGAAGGAGAGUAAGCGGAAACCAGGGCACACGCACGACUGCGAUAGCUGCGAGAGCAGCGAGGGCGAAGAAGAAGGGCCCGAAGAAAAGGGCGACUUCUUCAGCGCCUGGGGAGGCAUUUCGAGUGUUGGUCUUGGCCUUCCCAUCCUCUGGACUGAAGGCACGCGGCGCGACGAGAACUUCAGCGUCGAGGAGAUCGUGCGCUGGUGCUGCAAGAACACGGCUAAGCAGGUCGGGCUGGAGCGCAGCAAGGGCGAUCUGGGCGUCGGGUACGAUGCUGACAUCGUCGUCUUCGAUGACACGGCCGAGUUCAUGGUGGAGCCGAAUACUAUGCUCUUCAGGAACAAGGUCUCCCCGUACGAGAACAAGACGCUCAAGGGCGUUGUGCGCGAGACGUGGCUGCGCGGACAAAGGAUCUUCACAAGGGAAGACGAGUUUACGGAGAAGGCUGGGCCGAGGGGGAAGUUGUUGCUGGAGCCGAAGAAGAUGAGCAAGUGA